GCCCAAUCGUGCAAUGGUCUGGUCCACCCAACUCUCAGCCCAUACGAAAACAGAUAUCUUCUGCACUUCGAGUUGGCCCUUCGGCAAAAUUCAGUAUCCAUGACCUCGCUCUCGAGCCCUUCACCUCCGUUGCCACAGGCAUUCAACCGGCGACCGGCGUCAGCGCCCGAAACUGUCCGUUCAAAGCCUUCUUCUUCUCCUUCUCCUACAGAGACAACAUCUGCAGGGAGAAAUCGGAGAACCGGUGUCGUAAAGGAGAAGGAGAGAGAAGAACGAGAGAGGAGAGAAGAGGUGGCUCUGAAGAUAGCGUCGAAGAAGGCGAUAUCAGUGAUUCUACGGAGAGAGGCAACGAAGGCUGUGAUUGAGAAGAAGAGAGGUCCCAAUAAUUCCAAGAAGCUGCUUCCGAGGACGGUCCUCGAAGCUCUUCAUGAGCGCAUCACGGCUUUGCGUUGGGAGUCUGCUCUCAAGGUGUUUGAACUAUUACGUGAGCAGCUCUGGUACAGGCCCAACUCUGGUAUAUACAUCAAGCUAAUUGUAAUGCUAGGAAAAUGUAAGCAACCUGAAAAGGCUCAUGCCCUCUUUCUCGCUAUGAUUGAUGAAGGCUGUGUAGUUAACCAUGAAGCCUACACUGCUCUUUUAUCCGCCUACAGUAGGAGUGGGCUGUUUGACAAAGCAUUUUCUCUCCUCGAGAAGAUGAAGAACACCCCGGAUUGUCAGCCUGAUGUCCACACUUACUCGGUCCUCAUAAAAUCAUGCCUGCAGGUGGUUGCCUUUGACAAAGUGCCGGUUCUGCUUUCUGACAUGGCUAACCAGGGAAUCAAGCCCAACACUGUCACAUACAACACCCUCAUUGAUGCCUAUGGAAAAGCAAAAAGGUUUGCAGAGAUGGAAUCGACACUCUUGGAAAUGCUUCGAGAAGGGAAAUGUGAACCUGAUGUGUGGACCAUGAACUCCACGCUCAGGGCCUUUGGCAGCAGUGGGCAAAUAGAAACAAUGGAAAAGUGUUACGAGAAGUUUCAGAGUGCUGGAAUAGAACCCAACAUCAAGACCUUCAACAUACUCCUGGAUUCCUAUGGAAAGGCUGAGAAAUAUGAGAAAAUGAGUGCUGUGAUGGAAUACAUGCAAAAAUACCAUUUCUCAUGGACAAUUGUGACCUACAAUGUGGUAAUAGAUGCAUUUGGGAGAGCUGGGGAUUUGAAACAGAUGGAAUAUUUGUUUAGGCUGAUGCGAUCAGAGAGGAUAAAGCCAAGCUGUGUCACACUUUGCUCACUAGUCAGGGCUUAUGGACGAGCUGGAAAAGCUGAAAAAAUUGGGGGUGUUUUGCGGUUUAUUGAAAAUUCAGACGUGAUGCUUGAUAUUGUGUUUUUCAAUUGCCUGGUGGAUGCUUAUGGGAGGCUGGGUUGCUUUGCAGAGAUGAAAGGGGUUCUUGAGAUGAUGAAGAAGAAGGGUUGUAAGCCUGAUAAAAUUACAUAUAGAACCAUGAUUAAAGCUUAUAAAAUUGGUGGGAUGACAAGCUGUGCCAAGGAGCUUCAGGGUCUCAUGAGAAUGCCAGAUGAGACUCGGUUAGAGAUGGGGAAGCCUGACUUUCGAUGAGAACUGCUACCGGUCAUAUAAAAUCCUCUACUUUACUGUUAAGUAAUUUUUGCUAGUGAUUCUUGUGUCACCCAUAAGAAUGUAAAAUGAAAUGCAAUAAGCAAGUAAAAAUCCUGUUUUGUGAUUC